CAGGGGCUCAGGUCUCCAACAACAGAACCAGAGCCACUCAGCAACGCUGGAACCCAUUUGGGAGGGCCUGGGGCCCCUCGUCCCAAGCCAGGAGGGCUUUGGGGAGGGGUGCAGCCCCUGGCAGACUCACAGUGUGGCCAAGGGGGCUGGAGGGUGCCAGGGAGUUGGGGGCCAACCUUGUAGAAGGAGGCACGAGCGCGGUUCUUUUUCCCCCACUGGAGGGGGCGUGGGGCCGGCGGGGCAGGAGGCCUCGUCGGCAGAGCCCGUGGCUUGGGGCUCUCGGCAGGGCAGUGUCGGGUAGUAGGGGCACCAUGGCCACCAUCCAGUCAGAGACUGACUGCUACGACAUCAUUGAGGUGCUGGGCAAGGGCACCUUCGGGGAGGUGGCCAAGGGCUGGCGGCGGAGCACGGGUGAGAUGGUGGCCAUCAAGAUCCUCAAGAAUGAUGCCUACCGUAAUCGCAUCAUCAAGAAUGAGCUGAAGUUGCUGCGCUGUAUGCGGGGCCUGGACCCGGAGGAGGCCCAUGUCAUCCGCUUCCUCGAGUUCUUCCAUGAUGCCCUCAAGUUCUACCUGGUCUUCGAGCUGCUGGAGCAAAACCUUUUUGAGUUCCAGAAGGAGAACAACUUUGCGCCCCUCCCUGCCCGCCACAUCCGGACGGUCACCCUGCAGGUGCUCAGAGCCUUGGCUCGGCUCAAGGAGCUGGCAAUCAUCCACGCCGACCUCAAGCCAGAGAACAUCAUGCUGGUUGACCAGACCCGCUGCCCCUUCAGGGUCAAGGUAAUCGACUUUGGCUCGGCCAGCAUCUUCAGCGAGGUGCGCUACGUAAAGGAGCCAUAUAUCCAGUCUCGCUUCUACCGGGCCCCCGAGAUUCUGCUGGGGCUGCCCUUCUGUGAGAAGGUGGACGUGUGGUCGCUGGGCUGCGUCAUGGCUGAGCUGCACUUGGGCUGGCCCCUCUACCCGGGCAACAAUGAGUAUGACCAGGUGCGCUACAUCUGUGAGACCCAGGGCCUACCCAAGCCACACCUGCUGCAUGCCGCCCGCAAGGCCCACCACUUCUUCAAGCGUAACCCCCACCCUGACUCCGCCAACCCCUGGCAGCUCAAGUCCUCAGCUGACUACCUGGCCGAGACCAAGGUGCGCCCCCUGGAGCGUCGCAAGUACAUGCUCAAGUCAUUGGACCAGAUUGAGACAGUGAAUGGCAUUGGGGCAGCCAGACGGCUGAGCUUCCCGGACUGCGAGGUGCUGGCUGAACUCGCCGACCUCAAGAGCAUGGUGGAGCUGAUCAAGCGCAUGCUGACGUGGGAGUCGCAUGAGCGCAUCAGCCCCAGCGCGGCCCUGCGCCACCCCUUCGUGUCCAUGCAGCAGCUGUGCAGCGCUCAUGAAGCCACCCGCUACUAUCAGCUGUCGCUGCACGCCUGCCGCCUCUCCCUGCAGGGUGAAGGCAAGCCGCCCGCGCCCAUCAUGGCCGUCACAGAAGACGGACCCCCCUACUACCAUCUGGCCGAGGAGGAAGAGGAGGCCGUGAGCAUGGGCAGCGGGCCCUUCUUUCGAGAGGAGAAGGCACCGGGUGUGCAAAGAACCAUCGACCAGCUGGAUGACCUGAGUCUGCAGGAGGCAGGGUAUGGGCUGUGGGGUGAGACCCAUACCAACAUGGUCUCCAACAUGCUGGCCCCGCUCAAGGCAGCCACCGCUGGGGUCCGGGUACCCGACCCGGACCCAGAGCCCAUCCUGGCCUUCUAUGGCAGCCGGCUGGCAGGCCGCCACAAGGCCCGCAAACCACCAGCAGGCUCCAAGUCUGACUCCAACUUCAGCAACCUCAUCCGGCUGAGCCAGGCCUCCCCUGAGGACGACCCACCCUGCCGGGGCAGCGGCUGGGAGGAAGGGGAGUGUCCUGGGGCCUCUGCUGAGCUGCCUGUCAUCAUCCCCCAGCGGGACGGGGAUGGGCCCCAAAUAAAGGACAUGACCAUGGAUACUGAGAGGCCAGGUCCUGAGCUCUUCGACCCUAGCAGCUGUCCUGGAGAAUGGCUGAGUGAGCCAGACUGGACCCUGGAGGGCAUCAGGGGGCCACGGGCUCAGGGGCUCCCACCCCGCCACCCGCACUGUCCGCCCCGGACCACCAGCUUCCUGCAGCACGUUGGCGGGCACCACUGAUGGCGAUCCCAACCCUGCUCAUCACUGGGGGCUGCGCGAGUUGGGCUGGUAUCCCCUCCCAACCUGAACUGUUCUUCGGAGUCAUCCCUUGAACCUACAAAUUAUUCUUACAGAAGGAGAGUUAUCUAGAAAUUCCCAUUCCCCCUGCCAUGGCGUAUGCCUGCACACACACCCCCGAGCAUAGGAGGGCCUUGGGGUCUGGCCCAUGACCCCUCGGCCAGAAGGGCAGCAGGAAGGGAGCUGUACCAGCUGGCCCUGAGCCUGCCCUUGGCCUUGCUGCCUAUUUCAAUAAAGAACUGUUCAG